AGCGGACCAGGGUUUUCUAGUAUAUUGUACUGACAUAUUUAAUUUCAAAUUGAGUUUCAAAAAGAUGGAACCGCCAGCGCGCGCGCCUGGUGACUCCGGAGCCGUACGUGCACCGAGAGGGAGAGUGCAGCGCUGCCACGUUUUUGCGGUAUGCAAUAUUCUUUCGUUCGCCAUGGGCCUUUUCUUCAACUAGGGUUCAGCGCGUGGCAUUUUCAGCCGAUAUUCCAUCGGCAAAGUUGCUGAUCUGUACGUGACUCUGCUUGCGCCCGCGGGCUGGGCGUUCGCAAUUUGGGGCUUGAUUUACCUCUGUCUUGGUGGGUUCCUUGUGUGGCAAGCCGUCGUUGCAUUCGUCGAUCACGCGUCUCGUGGUCAUGCUGCGAAGGGUGCAGGAGAGUGCCACGAAAUAAAAGGACCACCAGAUGACACUGUUGAUACGACUACAACUGUGCAAGAACAUGCUAAAGUGAACCCGUCAUCCGAGACGGAAAGUCGUCGUCGUCUCGUUUGUGACGGCGUCUCAUGGCUCUUUGUGCUGUCCAACUUUUGGAGUAGUGUAUGGAUUUUUAUACUCUUCACUCAAGGAAGACCGGUAGUUUGGAUGUGGUUGUCUGCUGCUGCGCUUGUUUCCCUCAUGGCAACCUUGCGUGCAAUUGUGGUGCGCAUCCGUGCUUUCCGGCGUUUCUACGAGGAUGAGCCUGGAGGGGCUGCCAUGGACGCCUCGGAAGCGCCCGCGGGCGGCUUGUCAUCCUCCCACACCGAGACACCAAGUGGAUUUUUCGCUUCGCUUAGCAAACGUCGACCACUACUUUUCGAAGCGCUUGUCUUAGAUGUUCCUUUCUCGCUCUACUUCGGAUGGACCACUGCAGCUUCGAUCGUGAGCAUCAGCCUCGCUGUCAUCGGCUCGAAUGCAUUACUUGCAACGUCAGGCGGCGACGGAGAUGACGUUUCGCUGCUCUUCCUGGGCAUCCCACAACACAUCUGGGCCGUGCUCGUCCUUUAUCUGGCCGCGGGUGUCUAUUUCGCUGUCCUCGUCCGGACUGGAAACGUCGUUUAUCCCUUCGUUUGCGUGUGGGCAGCAUUCGCUAUCGCCGACGAAUGUCGUAAGACGCAGGGUCGUAACGUGCGAUCAGUUGACGGGAGCAGCGUGCUUCCUUCGGAAGCAAAGGUAGUGGAGGUAACAGCCACUGUCCUGGCAAUUGUCGUCCUGUGCGCAGGCCUCGUGGGGGUCCUGCACUUCGUAUUGCGCUAUACUGAUGCGAUGGGCCCGCGUGGGGAAAGAUCAAAUGACAAAUUUAUGUUUUUGAGUCGCGGCGCAAAGGUGGUACGACAGUUUUACAGAAUUGAUAGAAAAAGAGUCUCCACCUCUGGAGUGUCUAUUGACGGCCGUUUCUGCACUUUUCAGCCGAAAGCGACGAUGUUUCAUGAUAUGCAUUCCAUGAAAAUUGAGGAGAGACCUACUAGUACAAUCUGGGGGAAACUAUGGCUACCCACUGGGCGACAGCUCAAACUUUUCACAUAUCGGUUUGCUUCCUGCGCGUGUGACUGUCGAGGCGAUAAGUAAUUUCGAAAAGGUAAAGAGGAGCCAAAGGUACGAGGGAGAGAGCUGCUUAUACAAACUGAUUCCUUGUUUACUAGAUUUCAUUUGUCUAGAAAUAGAGCAAAAGGUGCUCAUUCAUUCUAUCAGGAAGCUCGUUAAGUGAAGGACGAAGAUCUUGAAUAUCAAAGGUUGCUCG